CUGUCAGUAAAGCUGAAAGUUUGCUGAAAGUUCUCAAGUUCACCCAUCUUGCAUCCAUCACUUUUACUCACAAAUCAUCAUCACCAAGGACUUAGAAAAGGAAAAAAACAGUAAAAGCUGUAUUGAAUAAAAUGGUUUUAAUCAAAGAAUAUAGGAUUUGCAUGCCUAUGACUGUGGAAGAGUAUCGGAUAGGCCAACUGUAUAUGAUAGCUCGCCAUAGCUAUGAACAAUCAAAUAAUGGCGAGGGCGUGGAAGUAAUCGCCAAUGAGGAAGUAAAUGACGAGGUUAAUGGAAGAGGACAAUUUACUGAAAAGAGAAUACAUUUAUCCAGUCACCUUCCUUAUUGGAUCCAGUCUUUCCUUCCAAAAAUAUUUUAUAUCACAGAAAAAGCAUGGAAUUAUUAUCCAUACACAAUAACGGAGUACACGUGUUCUUUCAUACCGAAAUUCUCCAUUUCUAUUCAAACAAGAUAUGAGGAUAAUAAUGGAACAUCGGAAAAUUGUCUUGGAUUGACACCUGAAGAAAGUGAAUCAAGGCAAGUUGAUUUCAUAGACAUAGCAUAUGAUGAAAUUAAACCACAUCACUAUAAAGAAGCAGAAGAUCCAAAGUUCUAUAAGUCGAAGAAAUCAGGCAGAGGACCAUUACCGGAAGGCUGGAUGCAAAGCCAACAACCCAUUAUGUGUUGUUAUAAAAGUGUUAAUGUUAAAUUUGAAGUCUGGGGACUACAAACCAGAGUGGAAGAGUAUGUACAAGGGGCAAUCCGGGAUAUCCUAUUGCUUGGCCAUCGGCAAGCAUUUACUUGGAUGGAUGAAUGGUACAAUAUGACUAUUGAAGAUGUCAGAAAUUAUGAGAAGGAUAUGCAAGAGAAAACCAACAUGAAGAUAAAAGUUUGUUUAGAGAAUGCGGAGGAUUCAGAGAAAGUUAAAGAAACAUCUCAGCCUCAAACUCCAAAGUCUCCGAAGACACCAAAGAGUGGUUCCAGUACACCAUCAGCUGAAGGCAGGUCAUGGUUCAACUGGUCGUAAUCAUAUCAAUAGUUAAUUAGAUGUCAUUGUUGUCAGGGUUAUGUUAUGUGUUCAAACAAUUCAUCUAAAAAAAACGUAAUUAUUUAUAUUGGUAUUCAUUGAAAUUCGAUUAUAAAUCUGAGUCAGAUUUAAAAAAAAAAUAUGCAAGUCUCCAUGUUUAUUUCAAAAGUGUUAAUUUUUGCAAUCAGUUAUUGAUUAUAGUCACUUUAAAAAAAAAAGAAAAAAAUGAUCAUUAACGAAAAAAUUUUUGUUUUUUAAUUUUGUUUAAGAUAGGAGAAGGUACUUAUUAGAUUGUCCUAAGUGGUUAGUACCAAUGAGAUGUGGAUAUAUUAAAAAAAAAUGUUUAAAGAACUAUGUAGUUAGUAUAAUUACAGGGUAAGUACUAACUCGGGUGUUGAAUCAGUUACCAUCAAAUGAACUUUAUAGUAACAGUAUAUAGUAUUAUUAAAAAACAUUGUCAGUUUAUGAAUUAAUAGUUAAUUUUUUUAGAAACAAAUAGUUAUUUUUUUGUUGUUUAUUUAUUAUUAAAUAAUCAGUUUUAAAGGUCUAUAAUUCGUAGUAUCGUGGCUCUUAGUCAAUUUUCCAUGUUUUUUUAUAUGUUAAAUAGUUUAUUUAAUAUGUGUAGUCACAUAACACUGUAUUGUUUCUUUUUCUAAAUGAAUGAAAGUGAUGACUAUUAUUUUUUUUCCAAAUCAUUUUUGGCAGUGAAAUACUACACUUAAAUUUAAUAAAAAUAUCACACAGUAAUUUUAGUAUUUUUAAUACUGAGAUUGGAUUGAGAUGUUUAUCGUAAAUAGGAAAAUAGCGCGAAAUGUGUUUACUUUGCACUAAAUUAAAUAUAUGUCUUAAUAAAUGUGUUGUAGAUGUUUUUUAAUUUUUUAUAUUUAGUGUUUGCUUGGAAUUGCUGUUUUGUUGAAAAUGUAUAUCUAUUUAGUUGCAUAGGUGUCGCAAUAUAAAAAAAUCGAAUAAGAAAUUAAAAUAAUAAAUGUAUUAGUUGCUUCAAUCAAUUGAAGAUUUAGAUUAAUAUUAUUUUUCGGUUAAUUUAAUUUAAAAAUAGUUUUAUAGUAUCUUUGGCAGUAAAUCGUCAAAUACCAAAUAAGUGCUGUAAUGCAAUUUAGUUUUAGAUUUUUUUAUUUGUAAAAUACGUUUUUAAAGUUCACAAAAUAUAGUUAUUUAAAAAAAAAUAAACCAAAUCUAAAUUCCAAAAGAAUAUGUACAGAAUAAAUUAAAGUUAUAUAAAUACUUUCGAAUGGAAAAUUGGAAACACGUUAUUCUUAAAGUUAAUGUUAUGUUACCAAAUAUUUAAAAUUCCUGUGAUGUUUGCUUUUAUUUUAAAAACAGUACAAAAAGAUUUUUUGUUUCUGUAUGCAAUAAAUGAAAAGAAAGUCGUACUUAGUACAGAACCAAGUAAAUUAUUUAAUUUUCAUAAUUGAAGUUUCAGAUAGAUAGAUUUUAGGCCUACAUUCCGAAUAUGUUCGUACAUAAUUAUCUUUUCUACCGUAGAUACAAAUAUAUUUUUAAAUAAAUGUACAUAAAUUCAUGUUUGUUCUUAAAUGUUUUAAUUUUGAAGCACGUCCAUCAUGUCAAAGAUUUCAUUUCCCAUAAGAUAGCAGAUUUUAUUAUUAACUAUACUCUUAUCUCAAUAAAUAUUUGAAUAUUAUAUCUGUAUGUCCAAGUGCCUAAUUUUAUGUUUCACCUCGCAGUGUUGUGCGUUAUAGAAUAUAGUUUAUGUGAAUAAAAUAUAGUUUCCUAUAUGUUUAAGUAAAUUGAUAUUGUUGAUUGAAUAUACUCGAUGUCAUAAUUAA